AUGAUCCACGCAGUAACGAACAUUGAACAAAUAUGCGAUUGCGUCUCGUUGUCGCUCCGUGUAAGAUAUUGGGGCGACACCCCCCCCCCCCCCCCCCCCAACCCCUCCGCCCCCGGCUUCGUCGCACCCACAGCGAAAGGGGAGCAAAUAGAUUGUUUCUUCCGCGAGUCGGCUUAUUGUUUAUUUAUUAGGAGUCGCCCAGAGCGCUCUCCAAGUGCACGGGGACCC